UUGACUCACCAUCCAUCUGCAAAAGCACAAAUUUUAGAUAUUUUCAUUUAAAAAAAUCUAUAUACGGCACUCUUUUUAAGAACGUAUUAAAGAUGAUUGUGUCGCGCUUGGCAUUUCCACUUCAGGCUGCACUGCAGCAGGCCCGCAAAGCUGCAGGAAACCCCAGCAACAUCGUCAUCCAGCGUCGCCACAUGUCGGGUAUAUAUUUUCGCAGUGGAGCUCUAAAACCAAAGCCCGACGAGAUGCCCUUCGGAAUUUUCGCCAUAUUUUGUGCAGUUAUACCGGGGCUCUUCAUUGGCGCCACCAUAAGCAAGAAUGUGGCCAACUUUUUGGAGGAGAAUGAUCUGUUUGUGCCAUCCGAUGACGACGACGAUGAGGAUUAAAUCCAUCCCAGCUUCCCCACUGACGAAGUUGCAGUCAGCCCUAGUCGGGAUGAAUAACCAUAACCAAUGGUUGUUCUUCCUCUUUCGAAUAUUCGUGCACUCAGCCAAAUGUGUAUGCAUCUAUGUUUUAGCUUUUUAUUCAAUGUAAAUCUAUACUCUUAAGAUUCCCAAAGUUCUGGCAUUUUAUACUCUUGUUUGUAUGUAUGUACUUACCGAAUCCUGCUUUAAAAUGUUUCAAUGUUCUCUAGAUAAGAUCGAUAUGCUGAUGAAUCAAUAAAGUUUAUUCAACUAUUAUAA